UGACCCACGUGAUCAAGCACCCCCCACUCACCCCCCAUGCGCUUUACGACAGCGAGUAGCUGGCGAAUCUUCUUUACGGCAGCGACGGUCGUCAUGGCGACGGCGUAAGCGGCCUAGUAGCUUAGGCUAGAAGGUUUUUAACUUUAUAAAAUAUUUAUUUUAGUUUAAUCCAGAACUAAAACUGGGAGACACGGGGAUAGGGUUCUCAAUCGAGAGUCUGACACGGGUCACCAAUAUGAUAGACGUCGAAUGUAAUACGAAGCGAAUAGAAUAAAUGGGAGUGAAAUCUGAGCAAAAAAAUGCAUCUGCAAACCACCGUAACUCUUAUUCAUAUUAUUAUUCUGUUAAGGUGUGUCGGUUUUUUUAUGGUUAACAAUUUCACGGUUUUAUUAUUAAAGCGAAGAUGUCGUGGGGGAAAGAGGGAGUUUCUGUAAGGGCCACGACGGCGGUUUAAAAUAAAAAAAAAUCACUAGGCCCCGAUCGGGACCACGGUCUUGCCUCGUCUCCCUGGCCGGGUUGGAGUCUCGGGCCCCGCGGAGGCGAAAUGGCGGAGCGCGGGGUCGCCGAGGCCGAGACAACGAAGCCCGGGCAGCAGCAGGAGGAGGAGGUGGAGGAGGUUCCGGUGGAGUUGGUGAGGGAGAGGGAAGUUCAGUGGCUCAGAGUCCUCUCCGACUGGGACGGCUGGAUGGGCGCUCGCCCUGGCAAGGUUCGUGAACUCUGCAGACUGGGAGUGCCCAACUCUCUGCGGGCGCGUGUUUGGCUCUUUGUGACGGGAGCCAGGACUCGCAUGCAACGGAAUCCGGGAAAGUUCCAGGAGCUUGCAUCUGCGCCGGGCGACCCACGUUGGGUGGAGGCAAUCGAGAGAGAUGUCCACCGGCAGUUCCCCUCGCACGAGAUGUUCACCACCAUGGGUGGACAUGGGCAGAGGGAUCUGGCCCGGGUGCUCCAAGCAUUCUCCGUGCUCUGCCCGGAGGUCGGCUACUGUCAGGCGCAGGCGCCCAUCGCAGCCACCCUGCUCAUGCGCAUGCCAGCCGAGGAGGCGUUCUGGUGCCUGGUCCAGAUCUGUGAGCACUACCUCCCUGGGUACUACAGCCCUGGACUGGAGGCAGUGCAGCAGGACUGUGAGCUGCUGUCCCUGCUGCUGAUGCCCCGCUUGUCCCCGCGCGCUCGCGUCCUGCUGCACCGCCUGGAGCUUCCCCCGACGCUCAUCCUGCCCGAGUGGCUUCUGUGCGCGUUCGCACGCACGCUGCCUGCAACUAGCCUGGCGCGCGUCUGGGACAUGUUCCUGUGCGAAGGCGUGAAAGUCCUGCUGCGGGUGGCACUGGUGCUGCUGAUCCGGACCUUCGAGGAGCUCGCCGCUGCCGCUGCUGCUGAUGCCGGGAAUGCCGCCGGGAACGCCGCAGGCACCACCGGGAACUCCGCUGGCACCGCCGGGAACGACAGCGACGACCUGUACUCUGUGCUCCAGGCGCUGCGCUGCCCGUCGCGCCACAACACCCACCCAUCGUUGCUCGUGCCGCAGACGCUGUCCCUGUCUCUGUCCACACGGAGUCUUCGCCGUCUCCACCUCUCUGUGAUCCACGAUCGGAGACGCAGACGGAAUCAGGAAGCGGCGUGAGCACCCAAACCCAGAAACCCGGAAUGCGGAUCCAGGAUUGGAAUUUGGAAUCCGGAAUGGGACCAUGAACCAAACCAGAAUGAUAAAUGGAGAUAGGUCCGGAACAGAACUGGGACCACAUCCCGAACUGAAACUGGGAUCCUGGACCACAACUGGUUCCAAGAUCCGGAUCUGGACUAGGACCAGGACCACAAUCGGAACCAGAACUGGAACCAGAUCUGGAAUAGAACCAGGACCACAACCCAAACUAGAACCAUGACCAGCACUAGAAUCGGAACCAGAAUCGGGUCAGGACCACAACCCGGACCAGAACUGGGACCCAGAUCUGGACCAGAACCAGGACCACAACUCGAACUGGAACCAGAACUGGGACCAGAACCAGGACCUGGGACCCAGUACUGUACCUGGGGGAACAAAAAAAAAACGGAGUGAACUCUUCUCUUCAGUGGGGCCCAAAAAUCACACCUGGCGCUCAUGGAACUGGGGAUAAGACCCGGAGCUGGAGUCCGGAGUCGCAAUCCGGAGUUCAGAGCUGGAGCCGGAGUCUAGAGCCGGAGGUGGAGUCCGGAGCCAGAGUUCAGAGGUCGGAGUUAUGGAGUUGGGAAUCCACAUUCAUGACCAAAACCUGGAACAAGGAUGUGGGGCAUUUGGGACCCCAGAGUAAGAUGUGGACCUGGUUUGGAGUCAGGGGCUGGGAUUGGAUCUCAGCCUGGGUCCGUUGGCUAGGAAAUGUUGACUACCUCGCUUGGUAUGCAGGAGGUUUGCAGAAUAUAGACCGUGACCCCGACGAUGCCUGCUGUUGUAUAUUUGGAGUCGGGGGGAGUCUGUCUCUCGCUGUCCGUGGAGAUGUUAACUACCUUGCCUGGUAUGCAGGAGGUCGUGAGUUCUGCGUCUGAAACACUCUAAAUACCAUGGUAGCUGGGAGAUGUUGACGACCUUGCCUAGUAUGCAGGAGGUCGUGGUUUUGGUCCCGUGACCCUGACUAUGCCUGCUGCUGUAUAUUUGAAACAACGGCAAUCAUUGCCAAGUCAUCAAAUCCCAAGGAAGAGCAAUACCUGAUGAAACCAAGGACAUCAAAACCACCAAGACUUUAUGGGUGACCAAAGAUUAACAAACCUGAUGUCUCAUUAAAACCCAUAGUUAGUAAAAUAGGCUCUGCCACAUACAAAUUAGCACAAUACGUAACAAAACAAAUACAGCUCUACAUCGGUAGGACCUCUUCGUUCAUCAAAAACUCUGAACAUCUCGUAAAUAUAAUUAACCCUAAAGAUUAUCGUAAGUUUUUAUAUGACUUCUCUGUUCACGAGGGUUCCGGUGAACGAGUCAAUAAAAUUACUCGACACUCUGAACAUCUCGUAAAUAUAAU